AUGCUGUAUCCAAGUCGAACCUUCUCCUCGUCGUCAUCUACAAGAGUGGACGGAAGUGUCACUAGUACGCUCGCAGACGAGUCGUCAAGACCAUUGAAAUCGAGCUCUGAUACGAGCUCGUCUUCUCCAACCACGGUCUCCACCCCAGCAUCGUCCUUCGUCCCACGCCAACACUUUCCCCUUCCGUCCACCACCCCAUCCUGGUACGCCGGGCACAUGGCGCGAGCGAUCCGAUCCAUGCCCUCCCUGCUCGCCCGGUACCCCCCUCCCCUCGUCAUCGAAGCACGCGAUGCCCGCCUGCCACUAACCUCGAUCAACCCGGUCUUCGAAAAGCUCCUCCGCAAAGCACCCACCGCCAACGACCAUCUCUCCACACCAUCAUCGUCCAUAACAACGUGGCGCAGUCGACGGCUCAUCGUCUACCUCAAACGAGACCUCAUCUCCCCCACCGUUGAAUCCUCCCUCCUCUCAUCCCUCCAACAGAUCGACCCGCACCAAUCUAUCCUCUUCAUCGAUACGCGGUCCGACCCAGACAUCAAGAAGGUGCUCUCCUGGGUCAACCGUCAAGCACGCAUCAUCCACGCCGACGACACGGUGCAUCGACCGGCGCUGUCGGAAAAAGCCGAGAGGAGAGCGAGGAAGGGUCUUUCCGGUGCGUUUCGUCACACGCCUACGCCGGAGGAAGGCGUGAGGCUGUUGAUCUUGGGAAUGCCGAACGUGGGCAAGAGCAGCUUGUUGAAUGGGCUAAGGAGGGUCGGAGUGGGGAAGGGCAAGGCGGCCAGUACGGCGCCGCAUCCGGGGCAUACGAGGAAGUUGACGGGUACGGUAAGGAUCAGCAAGGCCGGUCCUAGUAAGGAGGUGGAAGAGGCGGCGAUGGUGAAGGGCGGUAGAAGAUCGAGAAGGGAGGCAAAGGAGGAAGAAGAUGCAGAAGCUGGUUUUGUCAUUCCGAACGAUACAACAAACGUCGAUCCUUCCGAUGGCAAGGGGGAUAAACCAGUAGAUCCACCGAUCUACGUCUACGACACCCCGGGAGUCAUGGUCCCCUUCCUCGGUCACGGCAGCAACGGCUCGGAAAGAGGUCUCAAACUCGCCAUCACAGCUGGCAUCAAAGAUUCCCUCUUCGACAUCCAGCUUCUCGCAGACUACCUGCUGUAUCGUCUCAACCUUCGCCCCUCCAGCCACGCUACCACCAGCUCAGACUCGCAACCGGUCGCCCACGACCACCUGCCCCCGUACAUCCGCAACCUGCCACUCUCACUCGACAGCUACCUCUCGACGUGCGCCGAUCCGCACGGUCGGACCAACUCGAUCGCCGAGCUCCUCUGGCACGUCGCCGGCAAAGCGCCCGGUUCGCUGCGCAAGGGCAACGUUCGGGAUCUCGACGCAGCGGCGCAGUUCAUGCUCCAACACUGGAGGUUGGGCAAACUGGAUCGAAACACCGAGUUGGAUCUGAACACCGAGGAUGAGGGGGAGAUUCGCAGACGCGUCAAGGAGUUCUUCGAGUCUGAGUUGGAGGCGGUUGACAGUGGGAAGGUCGAUGGAAGAGAUAGAAUAGUUAGGAGCGAGAGGGGUGGGGAGAGAGAGGGGCAGAGCAGAACGCAGGCGAAGAAGCAACAGAAGCAGGACGAGAUGUUGGCGAGGAAACGCAAGUUGAUGAGUAAAGGCAUCGCUGUCGGUGCCAAGAAGAGCUUCACUCGUGGUGCACCCGGUGGAGCAAGCAAGAAGAGACGAAAGUAA